CUGGCUGGCAGUCGUACUACAGGCUGUAUCUCUGCUACUAUUGGCUCAUCAGCAUCGGAAGGCAGUGUGUGCAGGCGUCAGUGUGGGCUGAACAAAAGACAGAGCGACACGGAGAGGAAGGGGAGAGAGACAGAGAGAUAGAUGGCAGCAUGCUGACGCCAGAGCGCAGAGGGAAGACACCAAUAGUAGGGCAGAGUUUAAGAAGGUUAUUCUAAUGUUUAUGUCGUUUUAUUCUGGAUGUUACUACUUCCUGACUGCAUGCAUAGUAGCGUACAAAUAGGAAACUGAAUGAGGAAACCGCUCUUUUCAGCGCUUCCUCUCUUCCUGUCUCGCCCCUAAUAUUCAUCUGGCGGCUCAGUGAAAAGGAGACAAAGUCUCCCACGAGCAUCAUGGUUGCCGGCGAGCUCGUGCAGGAGCAUCUGCGCGCGGAUGCUGGCGCACCUGACGACAUCACGGUCGGCAGGAAGAACCUGGAGCUGGAGGGAGCAGCCGCGGAUCCGCCUUACGCAGCCGUGCCAUCCUACGAGGCGAACUACAACCAGCGAGGGCAAGAACGGGAGAGAGAGAAGGAGGUGCAGCCGGAUGAAAGAGAGGCGAUGCUGCCUAACGGAGGGGGAGGAGGAGGAGAGGAGGCGGAAGAGAAGGAAGGGAAGAUGCUAGAGACGAGACUUUACCGGCGCCGGUUCGCUGUGCUGUUCGUUUUCAGUCUGUACUCCUCCGUGAACGCCUUCCAGUGGAUCCAGUACAGCAUCAUCACCAACGUGUUCAUGCAGUACUACGGCGUCUCCAGCGACAAGGUGGACUGGCUCUCCAUCGUCUACAUGCUCGCCUACGUGCCGCUCAUCUUCCCGGCCACCUGGCUGCUGGACCGAAAGGGUCUGCGGCUCACGGCCCUGCUGGGCGCCGGCCUCAACUGCGCCGGCGCAUGGCUCAAGUGCGCCAGCGUGAGCCCCGAGCUGUUCGGAGUCACCGUCACUGCGCAGGUCAUCUGCUCCGUGGCGCAGGUGUUCAUCCUCGGCCUGCCGUCCCGGGUCGCCUCGGUGUGGUUCGGACCCCGGGAGGUUUCUACUGCGUGUGCAACGGCCGUGCUCGGGAACCAGCUGGGAACGGCCAUAGGAUUCCUGCUUCCUCCAGUUUUGGUCCCCAAAACAGAUGAUGUUGAGUUGACGGGUCACAACAUCAGCGUCAUGUUUUAUGGAACAGCUGCCGUCUCUACGGUCCUCUUCAUUCUCACCAUCAUAGUCAUUACGGACCACCCUCCCCUCCCUCCUAGUCACGCCCAGGCUGUCCUUCCAGACUGCCCUCCAGAGGAUUACUCCUACAAACAGUCCAUCAUCAACCUUGUAAAAAAUAAAGCAUUUAUCCUCCUGCUUAUCAGCUACGGAAUAAUGACCGGGUCGUUCUACUCUGUCUCAACGCUUCUCAACCAGAUGAUCCUGGCCUGCUAUGAGAACCAGGAGUUGAAUGCUGGGAGAAUUGGUCUGACUCUGGUUGUCGCUGGAAUGGUCGGCUCCAUCCUCUGUGGCCUGUGGCUGGACCACACCAAGGCAUACAAGAUCACCACACUCAUCGUGUACAUCCUGUCAUUUCUGGGCAUGGUGGUCUUCACCUUCACUUUGAACCUCAACAACAUCUACCUGGUCUUCUUCACUGCUGGAGUCCUGGGGUUCUUCAUGACGGGUUACCUGCCUCUGGGCUUCGAGUUUGGGGUGGAGGUCACCUACCCAGAGUCUGAAGGAACGUCAUCUGGACUCCUCAAUGCUUUCGCUCAGAUCUUUGGGAUCAUUUUCACUCUGAUUCAGGGCAAACUGACCACACACAACGGCCCGCUGUCUGGGAAUCUCUUCCUGUGCGCCUGGAUCUUCCUGGGAAUCCUGCUCACUGCUUUAAUCAAGUCAGAACUGAAACGAAACAAUGUCAACAUGGAAGCAAACCGGAACCCCCUACUCGCUCUUCCGACUGAGUGUCCCGGGGAUUGCCCCUUAGAGCAGAAAACCAACGGAGUCAAGCUGGAGCCCUCCAUCAGCUUCUCCCGUGAAACCUCGCUGUGAGCCUGCCACCUCACUGAAUCUUUGAAGACAUUAAAAACGUCUCCCUGCUCCCCCUGGGAGGCAUUCCAGGCACAGCUCUACAUGAACUACCUGAGGGUGCUAUUGGUUUUAAUGCAAAGUAUGAUUCUGUGAAAGGCCGGAGGCUUUGGAGGUGAGCGAAGUCUGAUGAAGCACAGCCACAAUCUGCAGUGGAUUCAAGCCAGCUGGGGGGGCAGCCAACAAGGCAGGAGAAUCAACACCAACUCCCCCCAGACUUUAAGUCUCCUUCAAGGCUCCUCUGCAGGAGACUUAAGGUUGCUGACACUCAAAGCACUUGCACAGAGUAAGAAAUACCUCCAGUGCACAAAACUUUAGGUUUUAUUCUGGAAAAGGUGGAUUGUUGAAAAUAUAUGCAAGCAGAAGAAGCUUCAACACACUUUAUUGGGUUUGUAGGAAAAACCCUGGAACUCCUACUUUGGUUACUGCUUCAAAAUUUUACUUGUAAAAAAAAACUGACAGCUAAGAAAAAGUUGGCCUGUAACGAGGAAAUGCUUCUGGGUCUUCUCGAUGGAUCAUUUUUCUAAAGAUGAACCGUCUUUCCUCUCCUUAAGUCACAACCUCAAAGGGACAAGGAUCAGGACUCAACUGAUACCCAGAAUAAAUAAAAAACUUUCUGUAAACAUAACCUUCAGGCACGCCCUGAUGGCGGAUAUUUACAGAAUCAUUUUGCGCAUACGUUAAUUUGGCUCUUGACGUUUUAAAGAAGAUGAGACAAUAUGUGGCUGUCUGAUGUGUUUGCCUGCACAAAUACCACAGUGGACCAAACAGAAUGUGAACAUGUUCUGCGUUCAGUGCACAAAAAGAAACAAACGCACAACAAGUUUUAUACUCGAUUGCAUGAUUUUAAAUGUCUUUUUCAUGUCGACUCUGGUCAGGUAUCACAGAGUCUCUCACAGCCUCAGAGAGCUGCUGAGUGUCAGGUUUGAAGAUAAAGCAGAAGUUUGACGCCAUCUUGUGGGCUUCAUGAAACACUGACAAAGAUUUCAGAGAUGGAAGAAGAUGGGUCCAAUUUUUUUCUGUAACAGAAAGAUGUUUAUCAGUUCAGAUCCAUUUCUUUGUUGUACUUUUGACACGGUAACAUGUGAAAACUUCAGGCCCUGUUUUUUUUUUUUAAACUGAUGUGAAUACUUUGUGUAAAACUGGAAAGUUUAUUCAGUUUUUUUUUAGUAAUGAAGAUCUAACAUUCCUUUGUAUUUAUCUCAUUUAUAGAGCACUUAUAUGUUUGUAUGUUUUUAUUGUCAACUUAGGCUAUUUAUUAAUUUCACUGUGUAAAUUAUUUAAUUAAAAAAUAGCGCUGAAAAAAGGUGAAAUAACAUGUUAUUACAAGCUCCUUCAUUGGUUCUUUGGUUUGAAAACUAUUAGUAUGGCCUAGCUGCUUUGUCGCGUGUGCCAUGGGGCGGUAGUCCUCAUAGCAGCAGCCGUGGGUUCAAAUCCAACCUUGGCCCUUUGCUGCAUGUCGUCCCCUACUCUCUCCUCCCAAUAUUCCUUUCUCUCUUCUGCUGUCAUAUCAAAUAAAGGCAAAAAUGCCCCAAAAAAUACAACUUUAAUAUAUGGUCUUGUUUGAUAAUCAACAUUUCUGGUUAUAUGUUUUACAUUUGUAAAACCAUUCAUUUGUCUUUAUUUUGUUUUCAACAUUUCUUUUCAUACAAGGAGGAUUCUAUUUAAGGAUUUCUAUUUGUCUUCAUUAGUGACUGACAUCAAGUCAGUUUAUGUAUAAAACCAAUUGAAUUCGCUCUACUGUCACUAUGAAACUGGACUCUUGUUUAAGAGUUCAUUCGAAAAACUGACCUUGAAUGACACUGAGAUUUGUUCAGCUUUUUCUUGUCUGAAUGUAUCCCAUUAAAUGUCUGAUGUCAAAUAUGCAGAGCUGCUGUUGGAUAUUUCAUAAGUUAUCCACACGCUGUAGGAUGUUGGAGAAUCUGUCAUUUAACUGGAAUCACACCGUAUGCAGAUGACAUUACUAUGUACGUUUCUGUUGAAAUCAAAAGGCACAUUAAAAUCACAACACUAAAAGCUUUUACCUUC